AUGCACUUAGAGUGCAGCUGGGACAAGGGAGGCGCAUCGAAAAAUGACCGAUGCAAUCCAGACAAGAAAGAGUACUGGAAGGACCAUCAUGCGCAGGUGAAUGUGGCCACCUCCAUGACAGACCUUGCACGCCAGCGAAAUCCGAGCUUCGUUAUCAACACGGCAGACAACUUCUAUUAUGCUGGGGUGGAGGACACCUCCGACGAGCUUUGGAGCAUGAUGUUUGAGGAGUUGUACCCUGACGAGAGCUUGCAAAUUCCUUGGCUAAGUUCACUUGGCAAUCACGACUAUGGGGGCCACGAUUGCGACUUCUGCCUCUGGCCCACUACUCGCAUGGAGUAUGACCCGAGGAGGGGUAAACCCUGUUCUCAAGCGAUGAUCGAUUACGAUACAGAACAUGGAUGGGAAUGGCCCAACCCCAAGCAAGUGCGCUGGGUCUUGCCGAUGAAAGGAAAGGACCGCUGGUACAUGAAGAGCUUCAAGUUCCCAAAGGCCAAUGUGACAGUCGAUGUGUUUGUCAUUGACACCAACAAGGCACACGUGAGCAGCCAGUGCUUUUCAAGCUGCCCUUCGAGGUACCAGUCCGUAUGCGUGGACUUCUUCAUGCAGCUAUGGACGCGACAGAGAGCCUGGUUGCUGCCAGCCCUGGAGAAUUCUAAAGCAGAUUGGAAACUGGUCGUUGGGCAUGCUCCACCAGAGAAUUUCGAGGCAUCCCUCAUGGAAGAGAUGCGAGACCGCGGCGUUACAGUGUUCAUGGCAGGUCACGUGCAUCAGCUCCGCCAUGACCGUCAUCCAUCGGGGAUUGAGGCCGUCAUCUCGGGUUCCGGCGGCGGUUACCAAUCGGCCGGAGGAGGGACGGCCUACACAAUCCACGAGUCUCAGGACUAUGGGUUUGCAGCGAUGCAUGUGGAGUACCACCAAAUAACCGUGGAAUACCACAACGACGAGGGCAGACGGCUUUGGGAUCCGAUCGUGAUCCCCAGAGUUGAUGUCGUUCAGGACAGCUGGGCAGGGCAGUAG